GCUCCUGUGUUUGCUUGAUCAGUGAUGGAUUCUCCGGACGUCCGUGAAGACACCGCAGAAUCUGGACCUCCUGGUGCGUUCAGGCUCCGGCUCCUCCCGUUUUUUUUGUCUCCUUGUUUGAACGUCGCAGAUUGAACAGAAACGAAACCUCCGGGAUCCGAGACACAGAGCGGACACAGCGGAGAGUUUACCCCGGGGAGCAGAGCAGCAGCCCGGCCUCACAUCCUCACAGCUCCCGGUCCCGCGAACGCACCUCCAGAUGGUGGUUCCGUACGAAGCCCAGUCCUUCUCGGCGCUCAGGGCCAAGUGUCGACAGGAUGGACGUCUGUUCGAAGACCCUCUGUUUCCGGCGUCCGAUCAGUCACUGUUCUACCAGAGUAAUCGCAUCGGACGCGUCACCUGGAAGAGACCGAAGGAGCUGUGCAGCGACCCCCGGCUCUUCGUCGACGGCAUCAGCGCCCACGACCUGCACCAGGGGCAGCUGGGAAACUGCUGGUUCGUCGCCGCCUGUUCCAGUCUGGCGUCCAGGGAGGCGCUGUGGCAGAAGGUGAUUCCAGACUGGAAGGACCAGGAGUGGGACCCCGCCCACUCCGAGGCCUACGCCGGCAUCUUCCACUUCUGCUUCUGGAGGUUCGGGGAGUGGGUGGACGUGGUGAUCGACGACCGGCUGCCCACGGCCAACGGUCAGCUGAUCUACUGCCACUCCAAUGACCCCAACGAGUUCUGGAGCGCACUGGUGGAGAAGGCCUACGCCAAGAUGUACGGCUGUUACGAGGCGCUGGACGGAGGGAACACGGCCGACGCCCUGGUGGACUUCACCGGGGGCGUGUCCGAACCCAUGGACCUGACGGAGGACAGCUUCAAGGAGGAUGAGGACAAGAGGAACCAGCUGUUCGACAGAGUCCUGAAGGUCCACAACAGGGGAGGACUCAUCAGCUGUUCCAUUCGGGCGCUGUCCGCCGCAGACAUGGAGGCCAGGCUGGACUGCGGUCUGGUCAAAGGCCACGCCUACGCCGUCACCGACGUGCGCAGGGUGAGGCUGGGCCACGGCCUGCUGGCCUUCUUCAGGUCCGACAAACUGACCAUGAUCCGAAUGAGGAACCCCUGGGGUGAAAGGGAGUGGAACGGACCCUGGAGUGACAGUUCUGAAGAAUGGAAGAAGGUCAGUAAGAGCGAACGGGAGAAGAUCGGCGUCACCGUCCAAGAUGACGGCGAGUUCUGGAUGACAUUCGAUGACUUCGUAUCCAACUUCACCGACCUCAUCCUGUGCCGCCUCAUCAACACGUCCUACCUGAGUUUCCAUAAGACGUGGGAGGAGGCGGUGAUGCGAGGCUCCUGGCGUCGCCAUGACGACCCGCUGCAGAACCGGGCGGGGGGGUGCUCCAACAACAAACACAGCUUCCUCCAGAACCCGCAGUACGUGUUCGACGUGAAGAAGCCGGAGGACGAGGUUCUGAUCUGUCUGCAGCAGAAGGACCGAAGGGCGUCGCUGAGACACGGCCGGGGAGAGAACCUCGCCAUCGGCUUCGACAUCCACAGGGUGGAGUUGAACAGGACGUUCCGGAUGCACACCCCCCAGCAGAAGGUGGGCGGCAGCAUCUACAUCAACUCCAGGUCGGUGUUCCUGCGUGUGGACCUGAUGGAGGGACGCUACGUCAUCAUCCCCACGACCUUUGACCCCGGCCUGGAGGGGGACUUCCUGCUGCGCGUGUUCACCGACGUCCCCUCUGAGUGCAGGGAGCUGACCCAGGACCAGCCUCCACAGACCUGCUGGUCUGGACUCUGUGGGUACCCCUCCAUGGUCACCCAGGUCCACAUCCUGAAGGCCGACGGACUCGCCAGGCAGGACUCGGACGGAGUGUCCGACCCGUACGUGAUUAUCCGAUGUGAAGGUGAUAAGGUCCGCUCUCCGGUCCAUAAGAACACCUGUAGCCCCGCCUUCGACACCAAGGCGCUGUUCUACAGGAAGAAGAGCAACCAGCCAAUCAGCAUCCAGAUCUACAACCAUAACGUUCUCAUGGACUCGUUCCUGGGGCAGGUGUCGCUUCCCGCCGAACAGGGCCGUUUCCAGCAGACGCUCCACCUGACGGACAAGGGCGACCGCCGCCACAGCGAGCUCCCCGGGACCGUCACCGUCGCCAUAGUGACCAGCACCGUCCUCACCAACGUGUGAGGCCCCAGUUUACCACAUAUUCACCGUUUAUCUGCUGUUUACCUUCAACCAGGCUGGCUUUCACACAAAGCGUCUUUAUCACAUGACUCUGUUCGACCACAGGUAAAACAUUCCAACAGGUGAGAUUAAACCCAGGUUUUAUCUUCAGCCUCGUCAUUUUCAUCCAGUUAUGCUCCUUUUCUUCCUCCAGUGUCAUAAAUGUCCAGUGUUAUUCAGUGUUAUUUACCGUCAAAGUUUUCUGUUCCGUUGUUUACACCUGGAAGGUCGACCUUAAUGUGACGAGUAAAGACAUGAGGGUUUUCACGACCAAAAUCAGGCAAAAGAUGCAUGAACUGUUCACAAAAAAAUACAGUUUUAAUCUGUAACAAUAGAAAAUAAAAUGUAUGUAUUUAUGGACUGUUAUUAAGCCCUAAAUAAGCGUCUUAAAUCACACAUUUCACACCUUCAGACAUUAAAAAUCCUAUAUAUUUUUUUAUUUUACUCAUCUGUGUAUCGAUGCAUGUGUUCAUUUUAUCUGUAAGUUAAAACUUCCACAUAUUCUUAAGUUGACAUUAAAAUGCCUCCAGUCACAGCUUUACAUCGGGACGCUUUGUUUUCCAUGCACCUUUGAAAUCAUCAUCCAUCAUUUUCAGGAGGUCAGGCAUCAGAAUGAGGUUUUACUUCUGUUACAUGAGCAAACAGGGUGGUAAUGGUAACAGGGUGGAGCAUGAAGGUUAUUGUGUUCUGUUUUCUCACCUGUAAUCGUUCCUUAUGGUCAUUAUGUUCCACUGUGUGUUUAUAUGUUUAAGGUCAUCGUAUCACUCCUUUGGUUACAAACAGGAACAUUUUCUUUUUCAUAAAUGAAGCCAAAGUGUUGAUCAGUAACAGGAACAAACCCGUCAUAUUUCAUAUUCAGAUGGUUUUUACUCUGUUACUUUCUCUUGUCAAAUUCAUCAGUGUUUUAAUGUUUGUCUUUUCCAUAAACUUUUAUGGUUUAAACUUUUUCAAUAAAUAUCUUUGCUGACAGUUCA